UCUGCGUCAUAAAGCAAAUGACAGCAAAUGAGAACAGGUGUUUAUUACGAACUGUCAAAACAAAAAUAAGAAAACAUAAUUUACCAAUUAAUUUAAUGAAAAUUUAAUAUUGUUUAAUACUGAUUUUACCAAAUAACAUAAAAAAUGAUUACGCCAAGUGGUGAAACUUGUGAUCUUCAAAGUGUCAUUCUCCAAGAACAGGAAAAAGAGAUGACACAUGUUGAUUUGAAGAAACAACCAAAGAGAGUAUUAAAAUUUUCCGACGGAGUUCUCGAGGAAUAUUCUUCAGAAGAUGAAGUUGAUAAUUGUCCGAAGAAACAAAUUUCAACUGUUGAUCCAAAAACGUUAAAUUGGUUGCCCUGGGCGUGGUACCAAACAACCUGGGCAAGUGGAAAAGUUUUAGACGGCUGCGAUUAUGUUGGAGAACAUUUAGCUGAAUUUUUUGGCAUAACAACACCAAAAUAUCAGUUUGAAAUUGACGAAUACUAUCGAGUGAGAGCCGCCGAAGAAGAUAUGUUAAGAAGAGAAGACCUCGAAAUGGGUGGUUGGACAGAACGCAAUAAAAAUAAUCUCAUAGAAAAAAAUGAGUCGUGAAAGCCUGGAAAAAAAUUUGAUGUAUUGUUGCACCGCUUCAAGUACACACGAUUUAAUGUGAUUUGUGGAAAGCCUUAACAAAAAAAAAGCAAUUAAGCCAAAUGGACUAAACAAAAUUUUUUUCUACACGUUCAAGGUGAAGACGUCCAACUGCUGUGUCUCUUGCUUCAAGUUGAGCAAUAUAUUUAAAAAUCAAUUUAAAAAAUAUAUACCAUAAAUAUUCUAUUUUUAUUGUACUCAUAUAAUUGAAUACAAAUUAUAAAAUACAAAGAAUUUAUUGCCUAACAAAUAUAAAAAUUUUUUAUUAACUCAAUGUAAAAAAGAACAUUUUUUUUUAUUUUAUUUAGAAAAACUGUCAGCGACAAUUUCUGACUAUAUUUGUACAAAUUUCAUCGACGUUAGGCUAAUAAAUACGUUGUCAUUUUGAAAAA